AUGUGUUACUACGGAAGCUACUACGGUGGCCUGGGCUGUGGCUAUGGUGGCCUGGGCUGUGGCUAUGGCUGGGGCUAUGGUGGCUAUGGCUCCCUCUGCUGCCGCCCCCUGUGCUGUGGGAGGAACUGGUCCUAUGGCUUCUACUGA